CCUCUUUUGGGUGUGUUUUGUGUGUUACUGCUGCUUUCUGCUACUUAGACGCCUUUUGGGUGUCACUCGAGGUAACCGUGUCUGAGAAGAAUACCUUUGACCACAGGCAAAGUUAUUUGAGGAAAAGUCACUGAGUAACUGAUGUGACUUACACCUACACUUUUUUAGUACACUUCUACACCGAAACUUGUAUUUUCCUUUGUUUUGAAAGCCAACGUUUGCACUGAUAUGGAUUUCUUACAGCUACCAGACAGUGUCACAAGCAAAUCAACCAAAAUGUAUAAACAUCCUGAGGACUCACUCAGGGAAAACAAAGACACGGUGACUGAUUUCAGUGACAUUUACUGCAAAGAUCUUUUGCCGACUUCAGGGGGAGAAGGGAUGACAAGGGAAUUUCUGCAGGAAAUUGUGAACUUAUUAAUAAAUUACAUUUGCAAGUCCUAUCACCAAAAUUCCAAGGUUUUGGACUUUCACCACCCUCACCAACUCAAAGAAGGACUGGAAGGCUUUAGUCUAGACCUGCCUGAAAAACCAGACACUCUUGAGCAAAUAUUAGUGGAUUGUCACGACACGCUGAAAUAUGGUGUCAAUACAGGCCACCCUCGUUUCUUCAAUCAACUGUUCGCAGGUCUGGAUGUGAUUGGUAUUGCUGGUGAAUGGUUGACAAGCAUAGCCAACACAAACAUGUUUACAUAUGAGGUGUCUCCAGUCUUCACCCUAAUGGAGGAAGUUCUACUGAAGAAGAUGUUUAGCAUUGUAAGAUGGUCUAAUGAGGAGGGAGAUGGGAUCUUCUCACCAGGAGGAACAAUCUCCAACCUGUACAGUAUACUGGUGGCAAGAUUUUACUUCUACCCAGAAGUGAAGACAAGAGGAAUGGGAGCUCUGCCUCACUUGGCUCUCUUCACUUCCGAACAUAGCCACUAUUCAAUCAAGAAGUCUGCUGCAGUACUGGGACUGGGCAUUGAAAAUGUGUUUGUAGUGAAAUGUGAUGAAAGAGGGAGAAUGAUUCCAGAAGAACUUGAGGCUUCUAUUCUCGCGGCUGAAGAAAAGAACAUGGUUCCGUUCUAUGUGAAUGCAACGGCUGGCACGACCGUGUAUGGAGCUUUUGAUCCCCUCAAUGCCAUUGCGGACAUCUGUCAGAGACACACUUUAUGGAUGCAUGUGGAUGCAGCAUGGGGCGGAUGUUUACUUUUGUCAGACAGACAUAAGGCGAAGCUACAGGGCAUUGAAAGAGCGUGGUCAGUAACAUGGAACCCUCACAAAAUGAUGGGUGUUCCUCUGCAGUGCUCAGCCAUCCUGAUCAAGAAGAAAGGCCUCUUACAAAAGUGCAAUGAACUUGGGGCUCCAUAUCUCUUCCAGAAAGACAAAUUUUAUGAUGUGAGCUAUGAUACUGGAGAUAAGAGCAUCCAGUGUGGCAGACAUGUGGAUGUCUUCAAACUUUGGCUCGUGUGGAAGGCAAAGGGUACAGAGGGCUUUGGAGCUCAGGUCAACAAGUGCUUGGGAUAUGCAAAGUAUUUAUAUGAUCUACUGCAAAGGAGGAAAGAUUUCGAAUUAGUUUUCAAAAUUCAACCUGAGCACAGCAACGUGUGUUUCUGGUACAUUCCUCCAAGUCUGAGAAGCAUGCCACAAGGUUCUGACAGAGACAAGAGACUCCAUCAGGUAGCUCCUCAGAUUAAAGGAAGGCUGAUGGAAAAGGGCUCUGUUAUGAUUGGUUACCAGCCUACAAGUACCAAAGUCAAUUUCUUCAGAUGCAUCUUUGCCAACCCUGCUACACAGCACGAGGACAUAGAAUUACUUGUGGAGGAGAUAGCCCAACUGGGGCAUGAUUUGUAACAGAGUGGCUCAAAUUGGUUUUGUUUUAAAUAUAUACAAUUCAAUUUCUUGGUGGCUUGCAACUAUGAUCAUUAAAAUGUUUAAUUUCAUUCUUUAAACAAUCUUCAGGGAAUCAAUUACAAUAUACAAGCAUUGUGCCAUUUGCAGAAUGUUUAAGACACUUAAUCUUCAUUCCACAAUUUUUUUCAGCAUUCAUUUACAGCACAGUGCAUAAACUGUAAAAAUAAAAUGCCAAAAUUUCACAA